AGCAUAACUGAAUCACCCCACUCCCAACACUACUUCACUUCACCACUCCUCAUGCGAUCUCUCUCUUCCUCCUACGCCUAUAUAUAUAUCAUCAAUUCACCAUCUUCAUCACCACAUUCCAUUUCUUCAUCCUCUCUCAUCUCAAUUCACCUAUAUACAUAACCCAAUCAAUGGCUUCCAAAGCAGCCACUUUCCUCCUCGCCGCCUCAUUCGCUAUCACGGCAGCCUCAGCCUUCCAGUUUGAGGUCGCAGACGAAAUCGGGUGGUCCAAACCCACCGGAAAAGAGCGCGAAACCUACAACGAGUGGGCCGCGCAAAACAGGUUCCACAUCCGAGACACACUCCACUUCCACUAUGCGAAAGACUCGGUGCUGGUGGUCACCUCGGCCGAUUAUCUAACGUGCAAUGCAACGAAUCCCAUCGCUGAAUUCGACGAUGGAAGCACAGUGUAUGAGCUAGACAGGCCGGGCUUCUUUUACUUCAUCAGCGGGCAGCCCGGCCACUGCAAGUCGGGCCAGAGGCUCAUCGUUCGCGUCAUGCAUCCUUUGCCGCCUGCUGCUGCGCCCGAGCUUGCGCCGGAACUUCCACCUUCCUUGGCGCCGACGGGCGAGGGCGAUGGGGAUUCGAGGUGGCCGGAGUUUAGUUCGACUGUGAAAUUGUCUGUUGUUUCCUACUUCGUUGCUGCUUUUGUAGCACUUGUUGUCACGGUCUACCUCUUCGUGUAG